CUAAAUCACUUGACGAAAAUCCCCUGCUGCCUUUGCUCUCACAAGCCACAGCCUCCACCGAUCAUCCCGCAUCCAAACUACAUCUCUCCACUAAGGUCAGGCAGCUAAGCGGACAGCUAUGUCUGAAGGACCGAAGAAGCCCAAGUACUCAGCCACCCGCCGGCUGCUGUUAAAGUCCAAAAUCCUUAAAAAGGCGGAGAAGCUGCUGCUGCAAGAGGAGGAGGACAAGAGUAUUGAGAGAGAGAACACACUGAAACAAAAUGCCCCACCGCUCAAGCUCACAGGCCUCUCUGUACAGGAGCUACAGGAGCUGUGCAAAGACUUGCAUCGGAAGAUUGACAUCGUGGAUGAGGUGCGAUAUGAUCUGGAAAUAAAGGUGUCACGGAAUGAAACAGAGAUCGCCUCCCUGAAUCAGAAGGUCAUCAGCCUGAAGGGGAAAAUGAAGAGACCCAACCUGAAGCGGGUGAAGAAGUCGGACGACAUGUUCGGAGCCAUCGCCGACACAUCCAAACUCAUGAAAGCAGAUUUCAAGGCCAACCUCAAGACUGUGAAAAAGGAGGAGGAGAAGAAGGAGGAGGUGACAGACUGGCGUAAGAACGUGGAGGCUAUGUCAGGCAUGGAGGGCAGAAAGAAACUGUUCAACGCGCAGUGAGCAGUAGACCAAAGAGCACAGAGAUCUGGGAAUUGUGUUCUUUCAUAUAUAGCUUUUAAGCCAUGCUGUAGUUUUGCAAGCACAUUUUGGUUGAGAUUACUGCAUUCCUUAAUGGUAAGCAAGCAGGUAAGCAUCUCUGGAUGAUGAUAAAUGAUAUAUACUAUGUUGUGAUGUAAGGAUGGUGACAGACUGAAUGACAAUUCCAGUACAGAGCAAGAUAACCCAGAUUGUGUGGUUUAUUUGUCAACAGUGUAUCUGUCAUUUUAUGCACAUUUAGUGGAAACCAUUAAACGACUGUACUUGUACAAUAA